AUGCAGGUGCUGUUACGUUCGCUAAUUUUACUAAGUUUCCUGUUGACCAUGCAUUUCUUGAGCGCGUUCAGGGUGCUCUGGAAUUUCCCUUCAAAAGUGUGUCAAAAAAACCAUAGUAUAAAUUUCACAAAAUAUGAAAUCGAAACUAAUAAAGAUGUUGAAUUUUAUGGCGAAAAAAUUGUGAUUUUUUACGAGUUCGGAUUCGCUCUCUAUCCGUAUUUCAAGAACUACGAUGAGAGUAACCCAAUUAACAAUGGAACACCUCAGAAAUGUGACUUGGAAAAACAUCUGCAGGAGGUCGCAAACAAUAUUACAAAACGAAUUCCACAACAAAACUUCUCUGGUCUUGGAAUAAUUGACUUAGAGGAAUGGCGCCCGCUUUUCGACGAGAAUGGAUAUGGAACCAAGCGGGUGUAUCAAAAUGUGUCAAUUAAAAUUGCAAAGGAAAACCUGCGAAACGAACAAGAUGAGAAGAAAAUUAAGAAGAAAGCAAUAAAGGAGUUCAACAAAGCUGCUAAGAAGUUCUUCGUUGGUACAAUUAAAAAAGCAAAAAAUAUGCGUAAAAAAGCCAAGUGGGGUUUCUACGGUUUCCCCUACUGUAACUACGAUGCCGGUAAGAAUGGAGAGUACAACUGCUCAAAAAGAUAUCAGGAUUGGAACGAUAAGAACUUCUUCGUUAAGACAAUUCAAAAAGCGAAAGAAAUGCGCGAAAAAGCCAAAUGGGGAUUCUACGGUUUCCCCUACUGUAACUACGAUGCCGGUAAGAAUGGAGAGUACAACUGCUCAAAAAGAUAUCAGGAUUGGAACAAUGAAAUGAUGUUUAUCUUCAAUGAAAGCACUGCUCUUUUUCCUUCAAUAUACCUAGGAUUUAAUGCGAGCAGUGAGCAACGGUUCCGCUACGUUCAGGCAAUUUUAACGGAAGCUCGAAGAAUCGCUAAGAAAUUCAACCCGCCACUACCGAUAUACGCAUAUACGAAAAUUGAAUACGACCCACUGAAAAAACUUGAGGAAUUCUACAACGACGAUGAUUUACUCACAACAAUAAGACAACCGGCUGACCUCGGUAUCGAUGGAAUCAUCAUCUGGAGUAGCAGUAACAAUAUGACGGAUCGCUGCUCAAAGAUCAAGGAACAAGUGGAAAAAAGGAUCGGACCAAAUAUUACAAAGACAGUAGAGGGUCACAAGAAAUGUCGAACAGAUAAGUGCGGUGGUCACGGGAAAUGCAUAUUACCAAACAGCACAAUGCACACCCGGAAGCACAACUACGAUUUUAAAGAUAGUGAAUACGAAUGCGAAUGCGAUUCUGACUACAGCGGAGAGAAAUGUUCGCAGAAGAAAGAAGAACAGAAAAAGAAUAGUUAA